GCAACCGCUGCGCUUGACCAUUGGUCAACAUAGUCUCGUCAAUGUUUGGCUCCUUGAUCAUCGUUCUGUGCUUCAUGUUCUUGCCCAAAGUACAGACAUCAUUCUCAUGGCUCUCUGUCCGCUGCAGGGUUCUCUUCGGUAGCGGUAGCUCUGCAAUAGAGUAGGGCUCAUGCUACUGAGCGUGUCAUCAAGGUUAUUUCCACGCCUAUCAAGACCCACCGGUCCACAGUGGAUUUACCCAUACUCUCAUCUAGAUCAGAAGUGGGUUGCCAGCAAAACAGAUCUGGCAUGUCAGCAACUAUUGUCGCCAGGGUUGUGCCUCUUAAUGCUCUGAUACCAAGAGUGCUAGACGUGGAAUGUGAAGAGAGGGACAUAGAGACUUUGACCCCCUGGGUCUUUAGACACACCAACCUUGCCCAAGAAGACUGCUUGGACAGCUGGCCCGAUGAAGACCUGACGUCGUCCUUGCUCUUUGACGAACUCUUUUCUUACCAGUCGACCAUUCGAGCCCGCUCUUCCCAGCAGGAUGAGAGAGGAAUCGAGCGUGCGCUAAGGCCGAGUGCGAAUAUCACGUUGCCCCUCAAGAACUGGGAAAUUAAGGAUAGAUAUGAUCACCUGGCAUCUACUCGAUCGCAAGGCUGGAUUCUAAGGAUGUUGAUGAAGACCGUGUACGCGAGUCUGGACGGCGUGCGGAAGCAAGACCCCGAAGUCCGAUUCUCGGUUUACGCCUCGAAAAUGAAAUACGUGAUUGGUGGUACACAGUACAGCGCUAGGUCGGAGGGCGAGGUUACUGUCGGUCCUCGAGGGAGGAGCAUCCCGAUAAUCUCGUAUACUGGUUGGUGGAUUGGCCAAACGUGGGAUGAAUUUCUUCAAGAGACUCUCGGUGUGAUGCUCGGUCAGCUCGCGCAGAACAUUGGUGUGUGGAAGGAUGAUAGACUGCCGCAGGAAGAAGAGGUCUUUGUUGUUGGAUUCCACGGGUAUGGUAUCCAUAUUGCGCGUGGAGUGUUUACAAGGGAUGCUGUGAACAGGGUCCAUUCGAGAGGUUGUUCUGCCGAUGAAACCUUUGAGGUGGAGUUUACACGGAAUUACAAUCUCUGUCGGAAGGAGGAGUGGGACGGCGCUAUGCGUGCACUUAGUAGGCUAUUUCGGUAUCUUUUGAGUGGUGAUGCGAAAGUGAGUGGGCGGUUGGUACACGCAGAGGGGAGGUCCCCCGAGUGA